AUGGGUUAUGAUACAGUUAUAAGAUACCGGAGUCGCCGGACAAAAUAUCUCUACAAGACACCAGCUGGCAUUCUUCAACUUGACAUUAGUCCAUCCAGGCCUGAUACAAGUUCAAGUUCUUCAUGGCAACUUUUCACAGACAAGAAAUCACCUAAGAAGGAUAUUCCUCUCUUCAACGGUUUCAUUAAUAUUGCACUACACCCAUUAUUAAAUUCUCAAAGCGAGAAGGAUGGCUGGCUUUCGAAGUCUAUUCAUAAGGCAGGAUUUUUGAAGAAGAGUUGGGCGAUCGUCUAUGUUUAUCUCCCACAUCUAUACUCUGCCUGUUCUGUAGUAACACGAAAGGUUCCCUUGGCUCGUCGAGAUGAUUAUUCUCAUAAAGAUGGCGCGGCUACGCCAGUUGGCGAAACGAUAGAUCUCGCUGCUGCAGCUCGCCGGGACCUACAAAUUUUUGAAUCCGUAAUCACCCUUCUACAGAAUCAUUUCCACUUCUGCAAGUCCAUCCAUCUUGUUGUUAAAACAGACAUAAAUGAUCCAACCAUGGAAAUGGCUGCUUGGCUCACCAGGUACGAUGACACUAGUGUGCUCAAGUUCCUUGAAGAGAACUUAUUGCCGCGCACUGAUGAGUUGUAUCACGCAAUUUCACAGCGACAUCAGCUACUCUUCAAUGCGGAAAAGAGUUUGAAUGGUCUAUUCUUUUUGCCGUCGAUGCGUGGAUUUACGCCAUUUCAAGAGCAGGCGAAACUCCGAGGAGACUUUAUACGAGAAGGGGACUGGGAUUGCAACCGAGAUGCGGAGGUUGCUGUCUGGCGACAGAUGGACGGACAGGCCGUAAAUACGACAGAUACUAAGUAUGAGGGAACCAAGGGGUAUUGGGUUAUGACGGAAGUGUUUGAUAUGUUCCAAUGGGAUGGAAUGAAAUUCGUCUGA